AUGUUUCUGGAACGUCUUCUCCCAUCUUUUCUUGCUGUGGUAGCAGGUCAUGCCAUCAUCGUCACCGGCAAACCCACCGUAGCUGGGACAAGAUGGCCUUCUCUCCCGAAGUUCCCUUCUCAUCGCCUCCCAGCCCCAAUGCCCCCUCCUGGAUUCUCUGCUCGCAAGCAAUCAGAGAAUCAGAAACGUGCUUAUAAUCGUUGCGGACCUGAUUUUGGCUCCUGCCAGGAAGGCCUCUGCUGCUCUUCGCACGGGUACUGCGGGCAUGGCCCAGAAUAUUGCCAGGCUCCUGAUUGUUUGUUUGAUUUUGGCAGUGGGUGUGAUGCUUUGAAAUGGCCGCAAGGCGAUAGUACCGCAGGCAUCCCUCGUACGAAGGUCGGUGAGGUGCCUUACGGAGUUGUUCCAAUCUACCAAUGCGUCAAUCCAAACACCGUCGCGUUGACUUACGAUGACGGUCCGAAUGUCUAUACAAACGAUCUUCUAGACAUUCUCGAUUCUUACGACGCGAAAGCUACAUUUUUCGUGACUGCUUUCAACUCGGGAAAAGGCAGCAUUGAUGACCCCAGCUACCCUUGGCGUGACAUCGUUCAACGAAUGUACGAUAGUGGGCAUCAAAUUGCGAGCCAUACAUGGUCACACCAGAAUUUAGACCACAUGUCUAGCGCUUUACGACGCGAGCAGAUGAUUAAAACGGAGAUGGUACUUGUUAAUAUUUUUGGAGCUUUCCCGACUUAUAUGCGGCCUCCUUACUCGGCAUGCUCAGUUCAAUCAGGCUGCUUAGCUGAUAUGGAUGAAUUGGGUUAUCAUGUUUCUUACUUCAACGUUGACACAGAUGACUAUAACAAUGCUUCUCCACACCAAAUCCAGCGCUCAAAAGACUUGUUUGAUCAUUCCAUGGCAAUGCACGAGGCCACCGGUCGUCCUAUGCUUGUUAUUGCUCAUGAUGUCCAUGAACAAACGGUGUAUAAUCUAACGGUUCACAUGCUUCGUCGCCUAUACGAAUCCAAUUACAAACCGGUUACUUUGGGCGAAUGUCUAGGCGAUCCUCCGUUUAACUGGUACCGCUGGAUCGACGAUUCGUUCGCUUUAUAUCCUGGUCAAACAGAUCCAGACACGUACCGCCGCCCUGGCCAAAAGCCCGUCUCGAAUGAUGGCACUUGUGGCAAAGAAUACACGUGUGUCGGCUCCAAGUUUGGCAAAUGCUGCAGCGCAAAUGGCUUUUGUGGUAAUGGCUAUGAGCAUUGCGGGUGGGGAUGCCAAGAAUCGUCCGGAGAGUGUCUUUUUCAAGGAGAGGACAUCGACGCUCUGGAGAAGAAAAAGCACAAACACAAGGAAUGCAAAUGUGAACCUAUAGACGACAAGGAUGACGAGUAUGAGAUUGACGUUCUGGGGAAGAAGAAGCACAAGCAUAGAAAAUGUAAAUGCAAGGAUGACGAUUACGGUUAUGAUUACGAGAUCGACAUUCUAGGAAAGAAAAAGCACAGGCACAAGAAAUGCAAAAAGGACAAGGACAAAUGUGACCACUAUGCCAUGGAUGACGAUACUGACGAUAUCAACGAGGUCGACAUCCUGAAGAAGAAAAAGCACAAGCAUAAGCAUAAGGAGUGUGACAAGAACGAGGGCACAUGUGAUGCUUACCCCAUGGAAGACGACACUUAUGAUAUCGAUGAGGUCGACAGCCUGAAACAGAAAAAGCACAAACACAAGCAUAAGAAAUGUCACAAGGACAAAGACAAUGAAUGCGACUCCUAUGUUUUGGAUGACGGGACUGAUGAUAUCAGCGAGGUCGACAUUUUGAAGAAGAAAAAGCACAAGCACAAGCAUAAGCAUAAGAAAUGCGAUAAGGACAAGGACAACGAAUGCGAUCCGUACGCAAUGGAAGACGAUGUUGACGAUGCAGAUGAGGUCGACAGCCUGAAAAAGAAAAAGCACAAGCACAAGCACAAGCAUAAGAAAUGUGACAAGGACAAAGACAAUGAAUGCGACCCGUACAUGAUGGAGGAAGAGGACGAUCUCGACAACACUGAUGAGGUCGAUAGCCAGAAGAAGAAAAAGCAUAAGCACAAGCAUAAGCAUAAGAAGUGCGAUAAGGACAAGGACAACGAAUGCGACUCGUAUGCAAUGGAUGGUGAUGAUGAUCUCGACAACACUGAUGAGGUUGAUAACCAGAAGAAGAAAAAGCAUAAGCACAAGCAUAAGCAUAAGAAGUGCGAUAAGGACAAGGACAACGAGUGUGACCCGUAUGCAAUGGAUGGCGAUGAUGUUGACAAUGCAGACGAGGUCGACAGCCAGAAAAAGAAAAAGCACAAACACAAACACAAGCAUAAGAACAAGGACAAGAAAUGCGAUGACCACAAAAAAUGCCCGGACACCGAGUACGAUGGUUACGAAAGGAGGUUACUACACGAAGGCGACGAGGCCGAGAACGGCGACCAGGAGAGCGGCGAAGAACAGGAGGUCAUCGAUGGGCCUAAAGAUGACCAACUUCCUGACAAUGAUCCUGCUAAUGAAGACGGUCAACCUGACGAUCAUAAAGAACAUCUAGACGAUAACGAUGAGGACAAUAGCCUUGAAGAUGAGCCUGAGCACGAUCACGGUGAGGAUAACGAUUCUGAAAGUGAGGAGCACGAACGCGAAGGCCAUAGGGAAGGUCAGGAUGAGCAUGAUCAGGACAAGAAUGAGGGUGAUGAACAUGCGGAACAUGAUGAGCGAGAGUCUGAGGAUGGCGAGGAAGAAAGCGAUGAAAAUAAUUGA